AUGCAUUGUGACGUGCUCACAUGCAAGCUCCUGGAGGAAGUGAGUGGUCAGAUUGCGUCCAAUUGUCGGACCUUUGGCGACCAUCUGCAGGGGGUUUGUGGAGGCGCGAUGCGCCAGCUGCAAGCUGAGACCUUUACCACGUCGGGCGAAAAGGCAGUUGAGGAUUGCACUGACUUCUUGUCCACAUUUGCCAACCUCAGUGCAGCGUUGUUGGCGGUCGCAGUAGACCUGGAGCUCAUUGUCACGCAGCCACUCCAGAGGACGAUCGCCACGCUCGUCGAAGAGAGUACAGGGCGUGCGAAGCACCUGCAGCAGGUGAAGAGGCGAUUUGCAGAGCUGCAGGAACGGUAUGCAAGAACUCGACAAAAGACUUUGGAUGCCAAGUCUAAGCUCGGAGGAGGUGAAGGUGACAAGCGCUGGAGGUGGCGGAAGUCGACUGAAAAGACGGCAGUGGAUCAGCACGCAGCCGUGUGUGACCUCGCACGUUGCGAAGAGGAGCUCUUGGAAAGCGAGGCGUGUCUGCGGAAGCUGGAGGAUGACAGCAGGGAGCGCCUGCAGCAGCUUGAGUUCGAGAAAAAGGCCAUGCUCCGGCGAGUCUUGCAGCAGGGCAGGUCGUCUUUGCGACGCCUCCUUCGAGUUGCAGACAAGGUUCCACCAUUGGAUGACUUUCAAGGAGUGAUGCCUGGCGCAGACAAAGCCUCUGCGUGCUUGCAAGAGGUGCAGACCCCCUUCGAGGAGGCUCUGCGGCCCACCAGAGGUGAGCUCCUCGGACAGGAGCUCCAGCCAUUGCAAAGCGAGCAAAGCGAAUGCCAGAUUCAAGAGAUGGGAGCACAGGAGCACCAGCCGUGCGAAGACAGAUUUGCUCGCUACCUCCCAGGUUCGGACAUCGAGGACGACGAGGACGUAGAGGAUGGUGACAGGGACAUCGAGGUCAGCGCCACCGUCCGAGCAGCAGGAUGGUCGCCUGACUCGUCCUGUUCGAGGAGCCGGCGUGCGGGGUCUGGGCGUCUGGUCUUCGACAGUGAAGCAUCUGCACAUGUCCUGAAGGCAUGCAGAGGCCCCGUCACGGCGACGGUGCGCGAAGGCUCGUCAAGACGUCCGCCCGACCUUUCUCAAUGCCAUGGCAAACCUCCCGAAGUUCAGCCAUCGAUGAUGCCAGCAGAGUUGGAAGCACAGGACUCCGACGACGAGGACUUGGAGCUGGGACGUGCUGCCAGAGGCCGAGUGGAAAGGUUCGAAGGCGCAGGGCUGCAGGCACCAUCGCCCCAUGUUGAAUUUCAACUUUCGCCCUUGAUUGCGGAGCAGCCGCAAAGACUCAUCGAGCGCUACGUGAAGCGCAUUCCGGAGCAUCUGGCAGCUGCUGCUGAGACCAACUGGGACAAGCUUCAGGGGCGCGCCGCCGAACAGCCUCUGGGAAGCUUGGUUGGCAAGCUGGAGAUCUUCUGGAUACAUCUUCCAGGAAAAGUGGCAUCUGCGGAUUCUGCAGAUGGCCUCGUCUGUUUUCAGUUUGUGCAAGGUCAUGCUGCCCAUUACGCCCGCAUCUUGCACCUCUCGGUUGCCCCUCAGGAUGGAAUCGGCUGGCCGCAGGCACUUCCUGCCGCGAUUGCACAAGUCAGGCAUUUUAUCUUCACCACGCUCCCGGUGCAAAGUCUAAGAGUCGUGGUCUUGGCGGCAGAGGACGAAGACAAGCGAAUCUGCAUCGAUCGCGAUGUAGAAGCUGCCUACAAGCAUUGUCGCUUCCGCUGGUUUCAGCUUACGCAAAGACUGCGAAGAGCGAAAUCGGCAUUUCUUCGUCAUCGCAAAUCUGCACGCUCGAUACGUUUCUUGGUCCUGCAUUCGCCUCGCACGGAUGAGGACCCUCCUGCGCCUCGUGAUGCCGUAGGCACAAAGCCAGCUCUGAAGCUGCAAGGCCCCGAGGGCACCGAGGGCCCCGCUGGCCCCGACGAGGGCGAGGCGGAAGAGGCCGAGGACUCUACACUUAGAGUUGAAGAGUUGAGCUUCACUGCUUGGUAG